GGCGGGAGCCCCGGGGGGGGCGUCCUCUGUCUCGGUUGGUGAUUUGCUUGAGCAAAAGAUGUCACUGCUCCGGCAGUGGAAAUCAGAGCCGGAACCCAACUCCUCCCACCCGCUCAACCAGGGGCCGGUUGUGGAGACAGAAUCCAGGCUCCUUCGUUAGCGGAGUCAGUUCAGGUCAGAGAUGAAGGGAGGCUUUAACGUGAAGGUUUUCUAUUUUGUACAUACACUGUUUUGUAUAUACUGUAUAUGAUGACGUCGGUGGGCAGUGAACGCUCCCGGGGCACUCGGGACAAAACUCCGAUUUCAACCACCCCGACGACACAGCCACAGAAACAAGUAGUCCAGGCAACAGCCGAACAGAUUCGCCUUGCUCAAAUGAUCUACGAUAAGAACGACGCAGAGUUUGAAGACAAAGUUAAACAGCUUAUGGAGGUGACGGGGAAAAACCAGGAUGAGUGCCUAGUGGCCCUCCAUGACUGUAAUGGUGAUGUGAACAGAGCCAUCAACAUAUUGCUGGAAGGGAAUUCUGACACGACAUCCUGGGAGACGGUGGGAAAGAAGAGGAGUCUGGGCAAAGAGAGCUCAGAGAACAAAGAGAACAGAGAGAAGAGGGGCGACAGAGAGACGAGCCGUGGACGUGGCGGGACCCAUCGACGGGGAAGAGGCAGCGGUCGUGCCCGCGAGUUCAGAGCCGAGGAGAACGGAGUGGACAGCAACCAAGGGGAGAGGCCCUCAGAUCGUGGCAAGCGUGGCCGUGGGAGAGGAUUUGGACGAGGCAGAGGCAGAGGGGCAGGGAGGUUCUCAGCCCAAGGCAUGGGGACAUUUAACCCUGCAGAUUAUACAGAUUCUUCUGCCGCUGAUGGCUUUGGGGCGAAAACAGAUGCUUGGGAAAGUGGUCAGAAUGAUGCCGAGGAUGGAAUGGAGCCCGCCCAGGGUGGACAUAACCUUGUGCAAGAACUGCCAAGUAAAAAUAAUUUUGGACUCAAAGGGGCGUGGAAGAACGCGAUAGAAGAAUGGACGGCAGAAGACUGGAAUGAAGACCUUUCGGAAACGAAGGUCUUCACUGCUUCAUCUGUUCCGGCGGAGAAUCACGUCACCCCUGGCCAGAGCAUUGACCUGGUGGCCCUGCUCCAGAAGCCCGCUACUUCCAGCCAAGAGACGGAGGUCAACUCCUUUGACCCUCCUCAACAACAGAGCUUCGGACAGGCGCUGGUCUUCACCAACUCUCAACACAACACUCAGAUGGCCACGGGAACCGGCGGCUCCAACACCGUCAAUUCCUACUCUCCUCAAAGUCUGUCUUCAGUUCUUGGAUCUGGGUUUGGAGAACUUGGCUCUUCGAAAAUGGCCAACUCGACUGGUUCCCAGAUCUUGGACCAGUUGAAAUCCCCUAGUUUGGGCCAGUUCACUCCCCAGAGCUCCCAGCAAAGCAGCAGCCCUCCCACCACCACUUCCUCCUGGGAUCUGAAGCCCCCCGUUCCCCAGUCCUCGGUUCUCAGUCAAUUUGACUUCAAAUCUCAGCCUGAGCCAUCCCCAGUCCUGAGCCAGUUGACCCAACGGCAGCAACACCAGACCCAGGCGGUCCCCGUCCCCCCUCCGGGGUUGGAGACCUUCUCCCAGGUCAAACUCCGAGAGCCAUCGCCUGUAGACAAUGCCACCGCCGUGAACAAAAUGCUGCAACUCCCCAGCAUGUCUGUGGAAAGCCAAGUGGUCUCUGCCCAACAAACACAACCAAAACAGAUCAAACCACCAAAACGGAGGAUACCUCCAACUUCAAAGAUCCCUUCAUCCGCAGUGGAAAUGCCUGGCUCAGCUGACGUCACGGGGUUAAAUGUUCAGUUUGGAGCCCUGGAAUUUGGAACAGAACCCUCUCUCCCUGAAUUUGGAUCAGCUCCAAGCAGUGAAAGUAGUAAUCAGGCCUCUAUCAGCUUGUAUUCGAAACCUGUAAGUGAUCCUUUGAAUACCUCUUUGCCAAUAUCCAAUACAGUACAGGAGUCCACUUACACAACCUCCGUCAUCACCUCUUCCAGUUUGGCCAGCUCCUGCCAGAGCACUAGCCCCGUAACCACAUCUUCCUACGACCAGACUUCUGUGCAUAGCAGGAUAGCAUACCAAAGCUCCAUGGCUCCAUCCGAGGCCGCCCCGGCCGCUGUCACGAAUGGACACAGUGGUGUUCGAACACAGCAGACUCUAGACACUACGUCAUCCGUCCCGUCGCCGAAGACCACCGAUCCCUCUCCCGCGUUGCCAGCGGCGGGGUCUCUGCCCAGCACGGCUUCCACCACCCCGCUUCUGCCUUCAGCUCCACAGCACACAGCCACGCUGCCCUCCUUAGCCCAGGCCAGCGACCUGUCCAGCAGCUCCCUCUCUCAGCUGAGCAGUUCACUCUCCAGUCAUCAGAACAGCCUUUCUUCAGCAGCAGCACUGUCGUCUAGCACUUCACACACACAUCCGGGGGCCGAGAACAACGCCGCCGCCGCCCUCCCGUCCUCCGCCGCCACCACCACUACCUUCUCUCCGGCCGCCACCUCCGCCACGAGCACCACAUCUUCCGUCGUCAGCAUGGCCAGCAGCAGUAUGAACACUACAAACAGCUUGGGGCUGAGUGUGCCCAGCGCAUCCAUGCCAAGCGCCACCACCCGCGCUGCGCCCUUGGUGUCUUCAGGCAAAGCUCCCCCGAACCUGCCGCAGGGAGUCCCGCCGCUGUUACACAACCAGUACAUCGUGGGCCCCGGAGGACUCCUGCCUGCCUACCCACAGAUUUAUGGUUACGAUGAUCUCCAGAUGCUCCAAUCCAGGCUGCCAAUGGCACCUCCUCUUCUGAUGACUCCUUUUCAGGACUAUUACGGGAUCACCUUCCCCGCUCCGGCAACCCUCACGGGCCGAGACGGCGGCCUCGCCAGCAAUCCGUACUCAGGUGAUGUAAGUAAGUUCGGCAGGGGAGACUCGGCGUCGCCGGCUCCCGCCACCACCCUGGCCCAGCCGCAGCAGAACCAGUCCCAGAGUCACCACACGGCCCAGCAGCCCUUCCUCAACCCCACGCUGCCGCCCGGCUACAGCUACACCGGCCUGCCCUACUAUGCCGGCGUCCCGGGGGUGCCCAGUGCCUUCCAGUACGGGCCGACCAUGUUUGUCCCCCCGGCGUCCGCCAAGCAGCACGGCGUGAGUCUCGGCACGGCCACUACCCCGUUUCAGCAGGCCGGCGGCUACGGCCAGCACGGCUACGGAGCAGGUUACGACGAUCUGACGCAGGGGACGGCGGCGGGAGACUACGGUAAAGGAGGAUACAGCGGCUCAUCUCAAGCACAAAACAAGUCUGCUGGGCCCGGGCCCGGGAAAGGGGUGACAGUAACCUCAAGUAACACAGGUGUGCCUGACCUCACGGGCUCGGCCUACAACAAGACUCAGACGUUUGACAAGCAGGGGUUCCACGCGGGGACCCCGCCGCCGUUCAGCCUGCCUUCCGCCCUGGGGUCCACGGGGCCCCUGAACCCCGGCGCGGCCCCGGGCUACGCCCCGGCCCCGUUCCUGCACAUCCUGCCGGCCCACCAGCAGCCGCACUCGCAGAUGCUGCACCACCACCUGCAGCAGGACGGACAGGGGGGCUCGGCCCAGCGCAGCCAGCCCAGCUCCAUGCAGCCAAAGUCUCAGGCCAACAAGAGCGCGUACGGCAGCUCUCCGUACUGGACGAACUGAGGCGCGGAGAGGUGCGGCCCAGCCCCCGACGCCCGGCCCCGCCUGGACCCCAGCCUGCUCCCGGACCAGCGGCGACAGAGGAAGAAGUAACCGUGAGCCCGGACGUCUCCGUGGGGGCCGCCGCCCCCCGCCCCGCCGCCGCGGGCCUCGGUCCCCGCCCGCCCCCACCGAACCUCCCCCUUUGAUUUGCUGUUGUAUGUAAUAUAUUUAUGUAUGUAUUUGUAAAUGUAAUAGAAGCCUAAAUGUGGUGUCUGCCGCCCGCAGCCUUUUUUCUCUGGGUGGGGGUAGUGAAUCUCCUCCUCUCCCCCUCCUCCUCUCCCCCCACCCCUCUGCCCCAACCUGGGGGGUGCGGGCUCUGUGCCGUCCCCGAGGCGCGGGGGCCCGCGGGGGCGGGGGGCGGGCGGCCCCGGCACCGCACCCCCUCCCCCCAACCUGAGGUCGGGCGACCGCUGACCUGGCCAAAGCAAGAAGCCUCUGACCCCACAGCUGCCCCCAGCCUCCGGACUCUCCUUCCCACCGUUACUUCGAAGAACUUAAUUUUUCAGCCUGUCACGGGACCGACCGGGGCCGGAGUGGGGGAGUGACGCCCCGCCGCCGGGGGCCGCCGGCCACCCCGCUUUUCUUUUCGAGCCGGGGGCCGCCAGGGUCGCUGGGGGCCGGCGGCAGCUCCGAAACUCUUUUCGUACCUAGAGGCUCCCCGGACGUAGCGGUUCCUUGACUUCGAUCUCAGCCGCGGCUCCGGCCCGCGGCGGGGGAGGCGGGCCGGCCUCCCUCCUCUCCUCCCUGGGUCCCUCCCGUCCCGUCCCGUCCCGGCCCCGCGCGGGCCCGCCGGAGGAAGCGGCUCGGCCCCCGACGCCCGGCACCGGUUUGGUGACUUGUUUCAGUUCUUUUUAGCCCUUAUCCACCCAAUAAAGUUCUGAGAGUAA